AGCAGUGUAAAAUGAAUUUGAGGCGGAAUGACACUCGAGUGUCUGAACACAACCGAAGAUUAACUUCGUAACCUGCAACUAGUCCGAGCUCAGAUAAGGGCUUUAUCAUGACUCAUGGCGACGACUGCUGUGCGACGGCAGAAGAUGGAGCUGAGAGCGACCAGCAGCGGCCUCUCAUUCUGGAGAGAGUGGAGAAAGACACAGCCAAAAACUGGAAAACACUUGUGUCACACCGGAUAAAGAAACACUGCUUGUGCACCCCGAAGAAAGCUAAAUCCAAAAUACUGGGCUUUGUCCCGAUUUUGAAAUGGCUACCACAGUACCAGCUCAGGGAAUGGCUGCUGGGUGACAUCAUGUCGGGACUGAUUGUUGGAAUCCUAUUGGUCCCCCAGUCUAUAGCCUACUCCUUAUUGGCCAGUCAGGACCCCAUUUAUGGUCUCUAUACAUCUUUCUUCUCCUCCAUCAUCUACGCCCUCUUAGGCUCUUCUAAACACAUCUCAGUGGGGAUUUUUGGGGUGCUCUGCCUGCUUGUGGGUCAGGUUGUAGAUAGGGAGUUAGCUCUGGCAGGAUACCUCACAGAAAGCAGCAUCAGUAGUAACGGCAGUGCCAUCCUGCUGGCUGGCCAGGGGAAUGACAGUGUUGGGGUGGAAUGUGACAGAAGCUGCUAUGCAAUCACAGUGGGAGCUACCGUUACCUUCACUGCUGGAGUUUACCAGGUUCUAAUGGGCAUUUUCCAGGUAGGCUUCGUCUCUGUCUAUCUCUCAGACUCCCUUCUCAGUGGCUUUGCUACAGGAGCUUCCUUGACCAUCCUCACUUCCCAGUUCAAAUACCUUCUGGGCCUGAAGAUCCCCAGACCUCAGGGCUGGUUCACUCUGUUUAAGACCUGGUACAGCCUGCUCAUCAACUUGGGAAACACCAACAUUUGUGACCUGGUGACCAGUUUGGUUUGUUUGCUGAUUCUGAUACCGACCAAGGAGCUCAAUGAUCGCUUCAAAGCCAAACUAAAGGCUCCAAUUCCCUUCGAGCUCUUUGUGGUUAUAAUCGCCACCCUGGCUUCUCACUUUGGCCACUUCAACACUGAUUAUGGGUCUGGUGUGGCUGGUGACAUCCCCACAGGCUUCCUCCCUCCCCAGCUGCCCAUGUGGACACUGAUCCCAAAUGUGGCUGUUGACGCUUUCUCCAUUGCUAUUGUGGGAUUCGCCAUCACGGUGUCACUGUCGGAGAUGUUCGCCAAGAAGCACGGCUACACUGUGGAUGCUAACCAGGAGAUGUACGCCAUUGGCUUCUGCAACAUCCUACCAUCAUUCUUCCGCUGCUUCACCACCAGCGCUGCACUGACCAAGACUCUGGUCAAGGAGUCCACAGGGUGCCAGACUCAGGUGUCUGGACUGGUCAGCGCUCUUGUCCUGCUGCUGGUGUUGCUCGUUAUUGCACCGCUCUUCUAUUCCCUUCAAAAGUGUGUAUUAGCCGUCAUCAUUGUGGUUAAUCUCCGUGGAGCUUUGCGAAAGUUCAUGGACAUUCCUCGCAUGUGGCGUGUCAACCAUGUCGAUGCCUCCAUCUGGGUGAUCACCAUGGCAACCUCAGCGCUGGUCAACACAGAGCUGGGUCUCCUCGUGGGGGUUUUGGUGUCAGCCCUCUGUGUCCUGGGCCGGACCCAGAAAGCCCAGGUCCUGGAGCUUGGCCGGGCUACAACCAGGGAGCAUUAUGAGGAUCUGUUGUCUUACCGCGGCCUUGGGACACAUCCCGGAGUGGCAGUUUUUAGAUAUGAGGCUCCAAUCUAUUAUGCCAACCAGAGCUUGUUCAAAAAAUCGCUCUACAGGUGUGUAGGACUUGAUCCUGUGAAGGAGAAAACGCGGAUUAUCAAGUUCAAGAAGAAGAACAAACAGCAGGAAGAGGUUACAGGAGGCCAAAAUAUGAAGUCCGAGCAGAAGGAGGCUGCAGGGAAAGAGGAUGUGGUUGAAGCCGGUACGACUGUAACCUUGAUGAAAUCUUGGCGUAGCUUAAGCAGCUUGGUGAUCGACUGCAGCGCCAUCUUGUUUCUAGAUACAGCUGGAGUUAAUGCUCUGAAAGAGGUCCGCAAAGAUUACGGAGAACUGGGGAUCAAGGUUGUGCUGGCCCAGUGUAAUGUCUCUGUAUUGGACGAUCUGGAAAGAGGGGGAUACUACCCAGAGAAAAAAGAAUGUGAUGGAGGAGAAAACAAAAGUGUGUUUUUCACCAUCGAAGACGCCGUCCACUACGUCCAAGGCCUCUCAACUCCUAAUGGAGAUUAUGACAGCAAAUGCUGAAAAGAUCAUUUAUCUGUCCAAAUAUCAAUGUUUACAUCUCUCACAUAAAAAGGAAAGUCCAUUGUUUCCUAUGUGCCUUGUAAGGCUACAGUGAUUGCUGAAGUCCUUCCUGAGUGUAAUUAUCCUGCGUCUACCUUUCAUAAGUGCAGCAGACAAUUCUUUAUUUAUUAUUGUUUGAGCAUUUCUUCCUCAUGCAAAUGCAGCUUAAGUACAUAGUACUUCUAGUAAGAGCUUCACAAUGGCAACGUCAGUACGGGACAUUUUCUCUUUUUUGCACACAUGUGACACCCAAAUGACUUUAUGAACAGUCACCCACCAACAUUAGGGAUGGGACAAUCUACUGUAGUAUAUUUAUUGUGAUAAAGAAAAAACAAGUCAUAAAUUUAUCAUGGUGAAUUUCCAUAAUCAGUCAUGAAUCGGGAUAAUUGUGAAUCGAUUUCCUUAUUUAUUUUGAACAAGGGGAGAAGAUGUGUGGAAAUAGUAUAAAUUCCAAAACAGAACAGGGAGAUCAGGGAGAACAGGGAGAUCAGGUGUUAAUCUGUGAUGCAAAAAAUUUGUUUCUUAACCAAAUGUUAGGUAAAGUGAGUCCAGUAUGUUUUAGUGCCAUUUUAAAAGUCUGAAGUAUAUUUUCAUGAUUAUUUUGAUAAUGUUAUGUAUCGCCAUUAUUUUGGCCAUGAUAAUCAUGACAUGACAUUUUUAUUUUAUCAUCCCGUCUACAUUAUGUAGACUUUGUUAGUUAGUUAGUUCUAAUUCCAUUUGACAAUCUGACGCUGAAACAGUUCCUCUAUUUUCUUUAUCAGAUUAAAGAAUUUUCAUUUUAUGACUUAGGGAAGCCAAAAAGCUGCCACACCUCUAAAUUUUGAAUUAUUGUGAAUUCUAGAACUGUAAACUGUGUUGGGGUAAAUAAGUAUCAUGUGUAGGUUGGGAUGUGUGCAACAAAGUGAAAAGGUUUAUCAUUGAGAAAUUGUGCAUUGAGGGGGACUUCAGAACUCAUUUAAGCUUCAAUUUAGUUUUAAAUUAAAUGUAUACAGUUUUUCUUCAACAGCAAUGAAAGAUCAAAAUCCUACAUGCUGUCCUUCAAAUAUUUAUUUUGUAAGACAUCGCCAAACUGUGCCUGAACAUGAUUGCACUGUAACUAAUAGUAGGCUAGUGAUAUACAAGGGAAAAGUUUCUUUUUCCUGUGGGAGAGACUGUGUUUACAGAGCCAGAGAGCAGUAAAUGAUCAUUAAAACAAUGAAUGGGAGAUGGUGAGAAUGCUCGGCUCAAGCAGACAAUCAAUCUUCAUGUAUCCAAACUGCAGUGCCUUUAAAGAAGCAAAUGUAAAUACACUGUGAAUGUUUUCGUAGCAGGUCCUUUGACAUAUGAAUGCCAGUCACCUUCUACUGUUACAACUGGACAACUUUAGUAUUACCUUCCUUCCAAAGAGCACCAUUAGACAAGUGAUCCACAAUCCUGUUGUUACCAUAACUUAACUUAACAAAGUUUUGUCAGUUAUUUCAGUAGAACAAAAGUCACGUUUUUAAAGUGGAGGAUCUCAUUCUAGAACAAAUGUCCUACUGAGGCCUGUACUGGAUGUGUCACUUUGAUGAAGUACUUUUUAAAGUUUGUCCUUAAUCUCUGUUUGCUGAGGGCGACAACAUCACUGACAUAGCUUUAGCCUUUGUUACUAAUAGCUUUGUAAAUACACCAGCUGGGUGAUUUGGGGGGGGGGCAAAGUUCGAGUCAAUGAAAAACAUUUUCUGCAGUGAAUGCCAUGUGAGAUUUACAUCAGAACCCCUGUGAGUUUUUUUUUUUUCUAAUUUAAUGUUCUAUUGUCCCAGUCAAACUCAUCAAAGUACAAGCCAGAUUAUUAUUAUUUAAAUUACUAAUGUAAUGUUGUGUUCUUAGCUGAAGGUUCCUUGUGAAGUUUAUUUUUUAGCUAUAUAUAUAUAUAGAAUUAUAUUAUCUUUUUUUUUUUUUUUUUUUUUUUUUUUGGUCUCUGAUUUAAUACGUGCACAUGAAUACAAAGCAAUACAUGUUCCUGCUAAUGGUUUCACACUUCCACUGAUCUACAGGUGGUCGCAAUGUUCCCAAAAAUGGAGCACUACAUCAGCAAAAGGAAGAGAAAAAGACUGCUAGCCAGUAGAUAAUGCAGUUUAGAAUUGUUCAAACAGCUUUGCAAUUGAUUUAUGAGGAAGGAACUUCACUUUGAAACACUGAAUGAAGCUUUUUUGUUUGUUUGCAUGAAAACUCCACAGGGCACCUUUUUAAAUAACGCCCCAAACAUUACAGCACAAAGACGGGAUGUUCUUAUCUCUAACAGCAUUUGCCUUUGCUGGAGGGUGCAUGAGUUUUGGGAGGAGCAGUUAGUCAGGUAGGCAGUGUAGGCCUUUGGUCUUCUGGAGCUGAAGGACUUCUGAAGGGAAAAUACUGUCACACAGGACUGAACACAGUCCUUACUGAAGCUUUUCAUGACAGCUUAUUUUAAAGAUCUGUAAUAUUCAAAUGUGGGCCCAGCUUUAGAUGUUUUGUAACCAAACUGCAUGAAACUACCUGGUAAUAUUAUUUAUAUAGCACUUAUUCAGUUGUUACAAAGUUCACAUUAAGUUCUUUCAUAACGUAGUGACGUCACACUACUGUAUGAAAUAUAACAAAACUAUUACAGCCUUUUGCAUUACACAGUAGUAGUUUGUUUUUCAACCAGAAAUUCUGCCUCUGAGGUUUUGGGGUUACAGUAGCUUUUAUCUGCUUUUUAUCCUGAAACUAAACUGCUUGUUCCAGUUUAUUGCAGGUUCCGGUGUGUUUGCUCUCAUCAUUUCCUCUACAUGUUUGUGAAGCUGUGGCUGUACAGUUGAAGUGUCACAGUAUCUGGUUGGAGGAUGUCAACGUUCAGUUAUCCUCUAUUUAAACUUUUUAAAUAUAUCAAUGUUUGUUGCUGUCCAAAUAUAUUUGGUGCAUUUGGAAUAUGCUCAACAUAUGUUUUUAUGUGCUCAGGAUCUUUGCCUGAAUAGCACACAGUAAAAUAAUGUAUUUUUAUUCUUUGGAUUAAGGACAUCCAGCAGCUGUCUGUUUUGUUGAAUUCAUGUUUAUUAUCAUUUAUUACAGCUUAUUAUUAAUUAGUAUCAGAAGCCCCAUUGCUAGCUCAAAGCACCAGCUCUAUGCGUGUAUGUAGCUGUAUACAUAUGAAUCAGUAACUGUCAACCCUUCUGACAAACUGUUGAACAGGAAUGUUGUUCUGUUGAACAGGAAUGUUAAGACUUGUAUUUUCUAUACAACCAUUAAUCCCCACCCUGUCAAAUAAGAUCAGGGAAACUGCAACAACCUGUUCCACUAAGUCAGCGUUUUGUAUAAGAUGAACUCAGGAUUGGAGCUUGAGUUCACAUUCUGAAUCAACAGUCUCAUCUCUAGUAAGCAUCUCAAAUUGUGGUACUAUUGCAGGGCUUUUCCCGUUGCCCCAUCCCAAUGAAUCUGUCCGCUUUAAAGGAAGCCAUAAUCUUCAUUCUUCCACAUCAAUAACGUGUAACUGCAACUCGGUCCCUAAUCCAUGUAUGAGUUCUAAUGUACUUUUAUCACCCAAUUUGAGCGACUUACUUAAGCUAUGGUGCCUUUGUUUUGUCCUGUAUUUACAGUCAGAAUAAGAAGACACUGUUUUUUAUUGAAAUGUGUGUUUGCGGUUAUAUUAGCAACUUUAAAUGUUGCGGGUUGUUUGUUAUGCAGGAGUUUCCAAUGAUAUAUUUUAUGAAUUGAGACAUGAUACAACUUGUUUUAGGUUUGGGUAUAAGAUUUUUUUCUUUACUCCAAUAUUCUUGCUGAUGUAAAACAGUAGUGGUAUAUAUUUACAGUGCCUUUUAUAGAUCCAUAAUGCAGAGAGCAUAUGAAAAGGAAUAAUGGCUUUGUUUUGGUGCAGGAUGUUUACAUACACGUCUUCUAAAAUAUAGACAAUCUGUAGUGUAGAAGGGUUCAGUUGGAUUUAUGUAACCGUUCUGUGCCUCUGUCCAAUUUCCUGAUGUACAAUAUAUAUAUUGCUUUAAAUGAGGAAAUGGGACUGUAUUUAUGAUGUGCAAAUAAUCAUGGGGAAACUAAAAGUUGUACAGUUUAUGUACCGAUUGCUUUUGAUUUAGUAAAAUGUUUGAAAUA